AAAUUAAGCAGCAUUUUCUCUUAUCUGCAUCUUUCUUUCCUCUCCAUUUACCUAAAGCAUUCUAACAUUGCAAUGGCUGACAUUGAAGCUCCAUAUCAUGGAAGAAGCUCAAUGCAACAACAACAAACCUUUUCCUUCUCUAUAACCAACAACAAUAGCAACAAUGACCAUCAUCAACAAACCACUGAACCACCAAAAUUCUCACUGCCAGUGGAUUCCGAACACAAGGCGAAAUCCAUGAAAAUCUUCUCAUUCGCGCAACCCCACAUGAGAUCCUUCCAUCUGGCUUGGAUCUCAUUCUUCACUUGCUUCAUAUCCACUUUUGCGGCCGCCCCUCUUGUUCCCAUCAUCCGGGACAACCUAGACCUAACCCGGGCCGAUAUAGGCAACGCAGGCGUCGCCUCCGUGUCCGGGAGCAUUUUCUCCCGGCUCGUCAUGGGCGUAGUCUGCGACCUAAUCGGCCCGCGUUACGGCUGCGCCUUCGUCAACCUAUUGGUCGCUCCGGUCGUUUUCUCGACCGCGUACGUGUCCUCGGCCGAAGGAUACAUCGCGGUCCGGUUCAUGAUCGGGUUCUCUCUCGCGACUUUUGUUUCGUGCCAGUACUGGACCAGCACCAUGUUUAACAGCUCGAUAAUCGGGACCGUUAACGGCGUUGCCGCCGGGUGGGGCGACAUGGGUGGUGGAUUCACUCAGCUUCUGAUGCCGUUUUUAGUUCAGAUUAUUGAAUUAGCCGGCGCAACCCCGUUCACGGCUUGGAGGAUCGCUUUCAUGAUUCCGGGUUGGCUUCAUAUCAUCAUUGGGGUUUUGGUUUUGAUCCUUGGUCAAGACAUGCCUGAUGGUAACCUUAGUACUCUUCAGAAACGAGGAGAUGUUCACAAAGAUAAAUUCUCCAAAGUUUUUCGUCAUGCAGUCACAAACUACAGGACAUGGAUAUUUUUCCUCUUGUACGGAUUUUCCAUGGGAGUUGAGCUGUGCAUAAACAAUAUCAUUGCAGAAUACUUUUAUGACAGGUUCAACCUUAAACUACACACAGCUGGAAUCGUAGCUGCAAGUUUCGGAAUGGCCAACUUCUUUGCCCGCCCGUUUGGCGGAUUCGCCUCCGAUUUCGCGGCUCGAAGGUUCGGGAUGCGGGGAAGAUUAUGGGUGCUUUGGACGGUCCAAACCCUAGGAGGAAUCUUCUGCAUUUGGCUCGGCCUUUCCGACUCUCUCGCAAUAGCCAUAUUAGCCAUGAUGCUCUUCUCCGUCGGAGCUCAAGCCGCUUGCGGAGCCGCUUACGGCGUCAUCCCUUUCAUUUCCCGACGAUCACUCGGCUUGAUCUCCGGCCUAACCGGCGCCGGAGGCAACUUCGGAGGCGGGUUGACCCAACUGCUCUUUUUCUCCAACUCGAGAUUCUCCACUGCCAAAGGGCUUACUUAUAUGGGCGCAAUGGCGGUGGCUUGUACUUUACCCGUGGUUUUGAUUCAUUUCCCUCAAUGGGGAAGCAUGUUUACUGGGCCUUCAAGUGAUGAGAAAUAUACCGAAGAAUAUUACUAUGAAUCUGAAUGGACUGAGGAAGAGAAAUCAAGAGGAAUGCACCAUGGAAGUGUUAGGUUUGCUGAGAAUAGCCGAUCUGAACGUGGCAAGAAGAUGGCUAUGAUAACCAACACUGAUAGUACUACUCCUAAUGUCACACCCACCCAUGUGUAAUCAUGUGGUAUUACCACUAUUACUACAUAAUCUACAUUAUCUACAUAAAAUCAAUUAUUACUAUAUAUAUAUGUAAAAUAGUAGAUGCUUAUAAUUUGGUUUAAGAAAUAAUUGGGUGUGUUAAUUAGUGUAAGUUGUGAAGAAGGGAUUGAGAUUUGUAUCUUGCAGUUGCUGCAAACUAAAUACAUAUCCAUGAUCGAUAUAUUUAACGGAGUUCUUAUUUUGG